GACAGCAGGACUGCUUCUCAUCUUAGUUCCAGUCAUCAUUUGCUUUGUGAAGACACUGAAAAGACAUAAAUCUCAGAUGGAUAAGACGAAGGAUUCACAGCAUGAGUUGCAAAAGUCAUAAACUUUUCACUAUAUUAGUAAAAGGAUCCCUCUGAAGAUGGAACUAAAUAUAAUUUUGUUUUAUACUACAGCGCUGUUGCAUUCUUACAUCUGAUACAUUUUUUAAAACUGCAGUUGUGACAUUAGUGCAGCUACAAAUCACAGGUUUAUAUUUACAAGCUCAUUUUUAUAUGGCAUUGUUUCUAUAGUGUCACGAACCGGAGUUGGCACAGAAGCAGAAGCGAGUGCGUAGUAAAGGGUUCCAAAGACAUAGUCGUAAAACAAGUAAGGAUCAGGCGAUCGGACAAACAAACCACAAGGGGACAGGCAGAAAGCGUAGUCGUAAACGGGAAAAGAGGUCGAGAUAACAAAGAUAGCAAACGAAUGUGAAAGGCUUGGAAAUGCAGAGAACAAGUCUACUGAACGUAUACUUCGCAAAGAACAUUUGGCAAAUGACUCUCUAAAUACUAGUGGAGAGAGAGUGUGUGUGUGAUUAGUGACAGGUGUGGGAGAUAAGAACUCCGGGGAUGGUGAGCGCAUGCGUGCAUAGGAGGUGAGUGUUGCUUCUUGGGAAACUGAGUCCUGGCCGGGUUGAGAUAUGACAGAACCCCCCAAAGGGCUCACUCCUGGAGCAGAGUUCUUUCUUGGUCUCCCCCAGGGUCGUGGACCCGGGAGAUCAGGAUGAGUUGCAUGAAAAUUUCUAAUAAGCUGAUCCAGUAUGUCCUGUUUAGGGAGCCAGCAUUGUUCUUCUGGUCCGUAGCCCUCCCACUCGACUAAAUAUUCCAGCUUGCCCCUACUGUGUCUAGAGCUGAUGAUCUUCUUGACAAAGUUAAUUGGUUGUCCAUCAAUCUCCAGAGGAACCGGGGGGUCUCAGAGGGCACUUCUGUGGCUAAACGUCCGUUGAUAACUGGUUUAAGACGUGAUACGUGGAAGGAGGGGGUGAUGCGGCUGUGUCGUGGUAGUUCUAGACAGUAAGCAACCUCAUUGAUUCGAUUGAGGAGCUUGAAUGGUCCAGUGUAUCUUGGAGUUAGCUUCUUACAACUAUGUGGUUGCUUUAUGUCCUUGGUGGACAACCAUACUCUAUCGCCAGGUUGGUAAUUUGGAUGUUUACUGCGGUGGUGAUCAGCCUUGCGUUUGUAUGUGGUCUGUCUCAGACGUUGUUGCGUGUCGGCCCAGACUUGUUCACUACGUAUAAACCACUGGUCAACGGCUGGUGAUUCUGUGGGGGUCGCGUUCCAUGGGAAUAGUGGGGGUUGGUAUCCAAGUACGCAUUGGAAUGGGGUGAGAUUAGUCACAGAAUGUUGGAGAGAAUUUUGGGUGUACUCGGCCCAUGGCAGAAACUUGCUCCAAUCUUCAGGGUUAGAGGCACAUGAAGUUCGGAGGAAUCGGCCUAAUUCCUGAUUUACUCGUUCAACUUGGCCAUUGGCUUGUGGGUGAUAACCUGAGGUGAGAUUCACUCCCAUCUUCUCCAUAAAGCUGGACCAUACUCUGGAUGUGAAUUGAGGACCCCUGUCACAGACAGUCUCCUCUGGAAUGGCGAAAUAUCUGAACACGUGUUGGAAAAGGAGUUCAGCUGUCGUAAAGGCGGUGGGCAGGGCGGGUAAUGGGAUGAAGCAUACUGAUUUAGAGAAUCGGUCCACUGUGACAAGAACAGUUGUGUUUCCCUGGGAUCUUGGUAAGUUAGUUACAAAGUUGACAGAUAUGUGUGACCAUGGGCGUUCCGGUACAGGUAGGGGCUUGAGCUUUCCAGCAGGGAGUGUCUGAGGUACCUUACACUGUGCGCAUGAUGAACAGGAUGCCACCACUCUGUGUAUAUCUCUCUCCAUGUUGGACCACCAGUACUUUUCCCAUAGGAGAUGGUAUGUGCGCUGUGACCUGUACCAAUUACUGUGGGACAUGUUUUUAGAACUUGUGACUGGGUCUUCCAAUUUUUGAUCUAGUUCCCAUUCUAGAGCAUUGAUGAUACAUGAAGGGUUAAUCAUAUAUUCCUCGUGGUCAUUCACACGUUCCGUGUGGUCCAGACGAGACAGGGCAUCGGCCUUUGUGUUUUUGGAUCCUGAUCUAUAUGAUAGGGUGAAGUGGAACCUGGUGAAAAACAGGGACCAUCGGGCUUGAUGGGGUGUGGGCCUCUUGGCAGUGCGUAAAUACUCCAAGUUUUUAUGGUCAGUGAAGAUGACGAAGGGAUGUGUAGCUCCUUCUAACCAGUGCCGCCACUCUUCAAGGGCUAAUUUGAUGGCCAAGAGUUCUCGAUUGCCCACAUCAUAAUUUCUCUCAGUGGGGGAAAGCUUUCGUGAAAAGAAGGCCACUGGAUGGAGCUUUGGCCUUUCUCUGAAACGCUGGGAGAGUACAGCUCCUACCCCGGUCUCUGACGCGACGACUUCCAUGAUGAACGGUCUAGAUGGGUCUGGAUGCUUUCUUGAGCUGAUCCAGGGCUACUUGGGCAGCUGUGUUCCACAGCAGGCAUUUUGGCUUCCCUUUUAAUAAGGAGGUCAAGGGAUUGGCGAUGGUACUGAAAUUUUGAAUGAAUCUUCUGUAAAAACGGGCAAAACCCAGAAAUCUUUGUAAUUCCUGUCAUCGAUGUAGGUGAUUACAUGAUGCCCCAGCAUGUCCCGUAAGACGUCGUUAAUAAGACACUGGAAGACUGAGGGAGCGUUAGAAAGCCCAUAUGACAUGACCUGAUACUCAUAGUGACCGGACGUUGUGCUGAAACCCGUCUUCCAUUCGUCCCCCUCUCGAAUCCAUAUCAAGUUGUAGGCACUGCGUAAAUCCAGCUUAGUGCAGAUGGUGGCAGUGCAUAGUUGUUCCAGAGCAACUGGUACCAGAGGCAGUGGGUAUCGAUACUUGAUGCAGCACUGGUUUAACCCUCGAUAGUCUAUGCAUGGUCUCAAACCUCCUCCUUUCUUCUCCACAAAGAAAAACCCUGCUGAUGCCGGAGAUGUGGAUGGUCGUAUGUAACCCUGGUGUAAGGCUUCUUGAAUAUAUUCUUCCAUGGCCUUUUGUUCAGUUUGUGUUAGUGGAUAUAUUCUUCCUCAAGGUGGUGUAGUGCCCGGAAGCAGGUCGAUAGCGCAGUCGUAGUGUCGAUGAGGUGGUAGCCCACUAGCCUUCUCUUUACUAAAAGCUUCAAUGAGAUCAUGGUAUUCACUGGGUAUUUGAACGGUGUCAGCCCUGUUAGGGCUCUCUAUGGACGUGGUACCUAAUGUUGUCACAGGGAGUUGAAGGCAGUGGUUGAUACAAUGUGAUGACCAGUGGGUGAUCUCCCUUUGAGUCCAAGAAAUUUAUAGGUUAUGAUGUUCGAGCCAGGGAAGACCGAAGACCACUGGAUGACGGGCAGAUACAAUGACAUAGAAGAUCAUCCGUUCUUGAUGGAGAGCGCUGGUGCAGAGGUUAAUGGGUUCCGUGCAGUGGGUAAUAAGCCCCUUUCCAAUAGGGACUCCAUAAAUGGCUUGAACACAGCGGGGUGUGAUAAGGGGACGAACGGGGAUGUUGUGCUGCUAUAUGGUGUCUUGUUCGAUGAAAUUCCCCGCCGCUACUGAGUCGAUCAGUGCUUCCAAAAUACAAGAUACACCUGAGUCCUCUAAUAUGACUGGCAUUAAAAACACAGAUUGAAUCAAGUGUUGGACUGUGGAAUCCAAACUCACCCCUGGCUGCUGUUGCUUAGCAGUUGUGUUGUCCCAUCGGGCGGGGCGUUGCUUGAGUGGGCAUUGUUGCACGAAGUGCUUUUCCUCGCCGCGAUAAAAACAGCGAUGUUCACAGCGCCUUCGUUCUCUCUCCUGCAUGCUAACCCGUGUCUGACCCAGCUGCAUGGGUUCCACGGGAGACUCCUGCACUGGUACUUCCACCUCGCUGCGUAUGGGGCGGCGGCUUCGUAGUAAACAAUCCAGGUGAAAUGCUAAAUAAAUCAGCGAGUCGAGUGUUAGCUGAUCAUCGCGAAAUGCCAGUUCGUCACGAUGUCAGCAUUUAAUCCCUGGCAAAACACAGUUUUGAGAGCGGGUUGAUUCCAUCCACUUCUUGCUGCUACAGUGCGAAACUCGAGGGCGUAAUCAGCCACGCAGCGUGAUCAUUGCUUCAGGGACAAUAAUUCCUCACCAGUCUCUGUGUUGUCUGGCAAGUGAUCAUAGACUGUACGGAAUCGCGCUGUCAGUUGAUCAUACGUGUUUGUGACGUUUCCUCCCUGUUCCCAUUCCGCGGUUUCCCAGAGAAGAGCUUUCCCGGUCAAAAGUUCCAUGAAAUGGAUGAACUUACGAUUCUCCAUUAUGUCUGGGUAGGUUGAGAAGAACAGGGAGCAUUGUAGGAGGAAACCCCGGCAGCGUACCGUAUCUCCGUCGUAUUUCUCCGGCGCCGGUGUGGGAGGUAAACGCGUUGUCGCUGCCGCAGCAAACGGCGUGGCUUGACUUAGCCUAGCUACCUGCUCAGUCAGGUUGGCUAGACGUUGGUUGUGGUCGCUGAUCAUCACCAUGUCCCUCGAUGGCUUGUGGCCAACGUGAAUCCCCCACUGCUUCCAUUGGAAGAUAUGACAUAUAGAAACAAUUUAAAACGCUUAAAGAAAAGUGUAUUGGUGACAUGGUGAAAGUUUUUGCAAGGAUAUGUUUCUUUAGUAUUUCCGGAAGUGUUGACACUUUUAAAGUGUCAGCACUUUUUAAAAGUCAGAAGCAAAGUGGCAGUGGUUAACGCCUCAACGGUUGGUCAAAAGGUCGGGGUUUAAGCCCCAGCACCACCAAGCUGCCACUGUUGGGCCCUUGAGCAAGGCUAUUAACCCUCCCUGCUCCAGGGCGCCGUACCAUGGCUGACCCUGUACUGUGAACACAGCUUCCUAACAAGAAAAGGAUUUCACAGUGCUGUAAUGUAUAUGUGACAAAGGCUUUUUCUAAAGCUAUAACUUUUUGAAAAGGGAAAGUCUUUUCAUUGCAUUUAUUGUACAUUGAGUUCCCCCAAUAAAGAGGAAAUUGAGUAAAAUAAAGUAAAAUGUGUUAAUGUGGAUUAGUAGUUACUAGUUUUGUUACUAGUUACUAGUUCUGUUUUUUGUGUGUGUUCUGAAGUUUAAUGUUUGAAAAGCCUGAUGAUGAUGAUUUCUUUCUCAGCAUCUCUGGCUCCCUACAUUGGUGUUGGAGUGAUCAUUUGCUUUGUGAAGACACAGAAAAGACGGAAAUGUCAGAUGGAUAAGACGAAGGAUUCACAGUGUGAGUUGCAAAACUCAUAAACAUUUCACUAUAUUAGUAAAAGCGUCCUUUGGCAAUGGAAAUAAAUAUAAUUUUGUUUUAUUCUACAACGCUGUUGCAGUCUUACAUCUGAUUAAUUUUUUUGAACUGCAGUUCUGACAUUAGUGCAGCUACAAAUCACAGGUUUAUAUUUACAAGCUCAAUUUUAUAUGGCAUUGUUUCUAUAGUAACAAUUUAAACACUUAAAAAAAAGUGUAUUGGUGACAUGGUGAAAGUUUUUGCAAGGACAUGUUUCUUUAGUAUUUCUGGAAGUGCUGACACUUUAAAAGUGUCAGCACAUUUUAAAAGUCAGAAGUAAAGUGGCAGUGGUUAACGCCUCAACGGUUAAGGCGCAGGUCAAAAGGUCGGGGUUUAAGCCCCAGGACCGCCAAGCACCACUGUUGGGCCGUUGAGCAAGGCCCUUAACCCUCCCUGCUCCAGGGGCGCCGUACCAUGGCUGACCCUGCACUGUGACCACAGCUUCCUAACAAGAAAAGGAUUUCACAGUGCUGUAAUGUAUAUGUGAUAAAGGCGUCUUCUAAAGCUAUAAAUUUAAGAAAAGGGAAAGUCUUCAGGGCAGAGGAAUUUGCAGAGAAACACUCUGUGGUUUCUCAUGUACACGACAAGAAUACCUAUGAGAACAUUUGGACUGAUGUGUUAGACACCAUUCUCCACCAAGAUCUUCAAAACACCACUUUUGGAAUGAUGGGUUUCAUACCUCCAGUCCAGUUCCAGAGAAGCUGCUCCAGGCAGCUCAUCAUGGCCUGACACCUUAGUAACAGCCUUUAUGUAGUCCCCCCCCCACCCCCCUUGUCACCUCUCUAUAUGAUAGCUACAUACUAGAUGAACGAAAGUAACAAGAGGAAGUAGAUAUUUUGACACUUUAUAAACCCUGUGAAUAAACUGGUUGUGAAAAUCAUGGAAUGACGGACACAGUUCAGUUUCCUGUUAAUAAUUUAUGAUUUUAUACUCAAAGAUGUUGAUUUAGCUCACUUUAACUUUAUCUCACUGUAACUUACUUUAAUAAAUGUAGACUAGACAAGUGUUUGUUAUGGAGUAGAAGUGAUAUUUACUGCACAUUUUAACCAGUCACUGAAAUGGGAAGUGGCCAAAAAAUAAACUCCUCCUCUUAAGAUGCAUAGAAAAAGACCAUCACUCUCGUGAGCUCAUGAGGUUCACCGUGAGAAGACAGCAGAAGUGGACACUCUCACGAACACCAAACUGAACGACACCUCAAGGACCAGGAUGCUGAGACUUUCUCUCUAUUUACUGCUUGUCAGCGUUCUUAGAGCUUCUCUGUUGCCUGAUGGCGCUAAUAUACGACUCGCUGGUGGCAGUCACUCCUGCGCUGGUAGAGUGGAAGUCUAUUAUAAUAACCAGUGGGGAACAGUGUGUGAUGACAUCUGGGACAUGACACAUGCGCAGGUAGUGUGUAGACAGCUUGGAUGUGGUAAUGCUGUCAGCGCUCAUACAAGUGCCCACUUUGGUCAGGGAAGUGGUCCAAUAUGGCUGGAUGAUGUUCCGUGUUCUGGAAGUGAAUGCACCAUCACACAGUGCUCUCAUAGAGGAUUUGGUAUACACGACUGCGGCCAUGGUGAAGAUGCUGGAGUUACUUGCUCAGACAUGCAGACUCCUACACUGACCCAGAUCUCCCCAAACUCUGCGGUCUUACCUGGAGAAGUCCUUCAGUUCAGAUGUACCACAACCAGCCCAACAUGCAUGUCUGUAGACUUCAGAUUGUAUAAAAAUGGAACAUUAAUAAUGAACCAACCUGGAGAGACAACAACAACAUUUACUCUGACUGUAGAUGCCUCACAUCAGGGCCAGUACACCUGUGACUACUCAUACAGGGAAAUUGCCUCCACAUCAUCCAGGAGCAACUCCAUUACCAUCACUGUGGUGAACUUGCAGCAGCCCAAUAUCUCCUUUAGUGCUGCUGGUGGACCAGAAGUGACAAGGGGCUACAGCUUCUCCAUCAUCUGCUCCACUGAACCUCAGUAUCCAGGAGGUUCUUUCAACUUGAAUUUCAGUGGAUCCAACAUCACCAGCACUCAGUCAGCUGUUAACCACUCAGCCGUCUUCUUGUUUCCUGAGGCAGAUUUUGUCCAUCAGGGAAACUACAGCUGUACUUAUGAAGUUAACGUGUCUUCACACACCUUUACCUCCGCUACCACUGAGCAGCUGGAAAUCACUGUGAAAAGUAUAGCAAAAUGAACUAGUUCUUUUAUUUUCUGUUCGGCAGUUUAAUGGGUAAAAUAUUGUUGUUGAUGAUGAUGAUGAUGAUGAUUUCUCACUCAGUAUUUCUGGCUCCUUAUAUUGGUAUUAGAGUGACAGUAGGACUGCUUCUCAUCUUAGUUCCAGUCAUCAUUUUCUUUGAGAAUACACAAAAAAGACGAAAAUAUCAAACGGAUAAGAAGAAGAAUACACCACGAGAGUUGCUGUAGUUAUUAAUUAACUAUAAUUAUUAAACACCCCUUUAAUAACAAAUCUGAAAACAAAACUGUUUACAUAGUAUGGAGUGAAAAACUAUAUAUACAGUAUCUCAUAAAAGUGAGUACACCCCUCACAUUUUUGUAAAUAUUUGAUUAUAUCUUUUCAUGUGACAACACUGUGAAAUGACACUUUGCUUCAAUGUAAAGUAGUGAGUGUACAGCUUGUGUAACAGUGUGUGAAUGCCAACAUGAACUGUGACAUACUGAAGCAGAGCAUGAUCAGUAUGCAGUAUUCCAGCAUGAUAACGACCCCAAACACACUUCCAAGAUGACCACUGCCUUGCUAAAGAAGCUGAGGGUGAAGGUGAUGGGACUGGCCAAGCAUGUCUCCAGACCUAAACCCUAUCGAGCAUCUGUGGGGUGGUUCAGACAUUAAUGACUGUGUGGUGAGUUAUUUUUAGGGGACGGCAAAUUUACACUGUUACACAAGCUGUACACUCACUACUUUACACUGUAACAAAGUGUCAUUUCUUCAGUGUUGUCACAUGAAAAGAUAUAAUCAAAUAUUUACAAAAAUGUGAGGGGUGUACUCACUUUUGGGAGAUACUGUGUGUGUGCGUGUGUGUGUGUAUAUAUAUAUAUAUAUAUAUAUAUAUAUAUAUAUAUAUAUAUAUAUAUAUAUAUAUACAUACAUACACACACAGACUAGACUACACUAGACUCCACAAGACCUCUGAAGGUGUGCUGUGGUAUCUGGCACCAACAGAGUAGCAGCCGAUCCUUUAAGUCCUGUAAGUUGUGAGGUGGGGCCUCCAUGGACCGGACUUGUUCGUCAAGCACUUCCCACAGAUGCUUGAUUGGAUUUAGAUCUGGGGAAAUUGGAGGCCAAGUCAACACCUUGAACUCUUUGUCAUGUUCCUCAAACCAUUCCUGAACUAUUUCUGCAGUGUUGCAGGAUGCGUUAUGCUGCUGAAAGAGACCACAGGUUUGUACUUGGUCUGCAACAGCACAAACAGUGCAAAGUAACAUCCACUCAAAUGUCAGGACCCAAGGUUUCUCAGGAGAACAUUGCCCAGAGCAUCACACUGCCUCUGCCGGCUUGCCUUCUUCCCAUAGUGCAUCCUGGUGCGAUCUCAUCCCCAGGAAAGUGAUGCACCUGGUCAUCCAUAUGAUGUAAAAAAAAAAUAAAAACGUGAUUUAUCAAACCAGGCCACCUUCUUCCAUUCCAUCAUUCACGGUCCAGUUCUCAUCCUCACGUGCCCAUUAUAGGCACUUUUGGUGGUGGACAGGGGUCAGCAGUGUGUUCUGACACCUUUCUGUCAUAGCCAGCAUUAACAUUUUCAGCAAUUUGACCUACAGUAGCUCUUCUGUGGGAUCAGACAGGAUGGGCUAGUGUCCACUCCCGGUGUGCAUCAGUGAGCCUCGGGCACCCAUGACCCUGUCACCAGUUUACUGGUUAUCCUUCCUUGGACCACUUUUGAUAGGUACUAAUCAGUGAGGAACAUGACAAAGAGCUAAAGGUGAAGACCUGGCCUCUGAUUGAGCAUAUGUGGGAUUUGCUGGACAAAUAAGUCCAAUCCAUGGAGGCCCCACCUUGCAACCUACUUAAAGGACUUAAAGAAUCAGCUGCUAACGUCUUGGUGCCAGUGCAGUAACUCAUUGACAAUUAUAUGAAUCGAAGCCAAUCAGUCGAGGUUUCAAUUACUUAGUAUUCUUAUGCGUAAAUUUACACACACAUACAGGAGCAGGAGUAGGAUAUGAAAGCUUUUCUGUAUUUAUGGCUUUCAUGAAUAUAAUUUUUUGUGUAAAUUCGGAUACAUAAAAUUUAUGCAUAGAUCCGUUUGUAUCCAGCUUGAUAAAUAACGGCCAUUAUUUCUAUAGUAACAACAUCAGUGAUUAUAUGGCAGAUGCGCUAUAUAAAUAGAUUUUUUUCAAUGUGUCGUGGUUGAAAUGAUGUUCUGUAAAGAGAUGUUUCUUUAGCAUUUAAGAAAUUUCCAGUGUCGGUGCUUUGCAACAGUCAGAGAUAAAACUUGUCAAGUUAUCUGACGAGGGUAAGUCUUCAGGAUAGAGGAGUUUGCUGAGAAACAUUUGACAGUUUCUUAGUAACUGCUAUAAGUUUCUUAGUAAUAGCUGCUAUAGCAUGAGUGAUGAGAAAAAUUAUCUUGUUUUGCAGACCUAACAACUAUGACAUAUUCUUUAAUUAAUCAAAAAUUGUAAUUAUUGGCAAAUUGCUGAGGCAUAAGAGGAAUAAAAACAUUUUAGAUGCAACUUCAGUCAUUCAUUACCUUCCUUUAAUGACAUGACACAGCAUUUUAUACAUUACUUGUAUUAUUCUUGUUGAACCGGAAUAUACCUUGUUAGACGAAUAUGCUAAAAACUUGCAUUUUUGACACAAUAACUUUACAGGUGCCAAAAACGCAUAUCAGUGCCCCCAAGGAGCGAAUGAGUCAGAUGAUGAAGCUAUUUAUGAAAACACAGAAACUAUUUUCCAGCAGAAGGACGAUUCAGACAAGCCUGAUAAUGACUACGUUUAUGGUAAUGCUGAUGAACAAACAAGGGCUGUGGACAAUGACUAUGAAGAUGAUGAAGUUUAUGCAAACUGUGUAGAUUAGUGUUGAGAACUUAAUAAUUAUCAGUAUGUACAGUCCCCAAACAAUCACAUGAUUCAAUUGGAUAUAUAAUAUUGCUUCUUAGUUUUUUUAAAUAAUGCUGAUUAUAGAAUCAGUUUGUAUUCGGCUGUUUAGUGUGUUCAGGUCCGAUAAUAAAACUUUUUAUUUCACUUUCUUAAUACAAAUAGGUAUAUUCUUGUUUUCAUUUUAAAUUAUUGUUAAUAUUAAAUAUUAAAAUGCAUCAAGAGUUAAAUGAUCCAUGAGUGUUUUCCAUAAACUGAUGACUAAUGCAGAAAUCAGAAAAUAAUGAAUGGGACAACUGAAAUAUCAUUUUUAAUUCUAAUAUCACUCAUAAACUUCCAAAACAAUCAUGUAUAUUCUAUUCAUAUUUUUUAGAUUAGAUUAAACUCCCUUUGUCUAUUUUUUCUUAACAUUGUUAUACAUUUUUUAAAAUUGGAUUUAAUUUGAGUUUCAGAUUAUGGGAAUUAAUUUAGUGAAUUUUGAAUGUAUUUGAUUCAUUUAUUGUAUUUACUCUCUUAUCUCUUAUAUAUCCAGCCUUAUGAAUAGCAGAUUGGGAUUUGGGGUAUUUUGGAACUAAACGGGACAAAUUAUUCUGCAAAUACUUAUUGGUGAUAAAAAACAAACAAACAAACAAAAAAACUUUUCUUUAUUUUUAAUUUUUUUUUUUUACUAUUUGUAAAUUGAGUUAAUAAAAUGAAUGUUAAAGUC